CAUCUCCUCUCUCUCUCUGUCUCUGCCACUGUAGUCGCUUCAAGAUGCGGGAGAUCCUCCACAUCCAGGGCGGGCAGUGCGGGAACCAGAUCGGUGCCAAGUUCUGGGAGGUGGUCUGCGCGGAACACGGCAUCGAUGCCACCGGCCGAUACGGCGGCGACAAUGAUCUCCAGCUUGAGCGGGUGAACGUCUACUACAACGAGGCCAGCUGCGGCCGGUUCGUCCCCCGCGCGGUGCUCAUGGACCUCGAGCCCGGUACCAUGGACAGCGUCCGAUCGGGGCCGUACGGCCAGAUCUUCCGGCCCGAUAACUUCGUAUUCGGCCAGUCCGGCGCCGGUAACAACUGGGCUAAGGGGCAUUACACCGAGGGCGCGGAACUCAUUGACGCGGUGCUCGAUGUCGUCAGGAAGGAGGCGGAGAACUGCGAUUGCUUGCAGGGAUUCCAAGUUUGCCAUUCGCUGGGAGGAGGAACUGGUUCCGGCAUGGGGACGCUCCUGAUAUCUAAGAUCAGGGAAGAGUACCCAGAUCGCAUGAUGCUUACCUUCUCGGUCUUCCCAUCGCCCAAGGUGUCCGACACCGUCGUCGAGCCCUAUAACGCCACUCUCUCUGUUCACCAGCUGGUUGAGAACGCUGAUGAGUGCAUGGUGUUGGACAACGAAGCUCUCUACGACAUCUGUUUCCGCACGCUCAAGCUCACAACCCCCAGCUUCGGCGACCUGAACCAUCUUAUUUCGGCCACCAUGAGUGGGGUCACCUGCUGCCUCCGCUUCCCCGGGCAGCUCAACUCCGAUCUCCGAAAGCUCGCCGUGAACCUCAUUCCUUUCCCUCGUCUUCACUUCUUCAUGGUGGGCUUCGCGCCCCUCACUUCCCGUGGCUCCCAGCAGUACCGAGCUCUGACGGUCCCCGAGCUCACACAACAGAUGUGGGAUGCCAAGAACAUGAUGUGCGCUGCCGAUCCUCGUCAUGGGCGUUACCUGACGGCGUCCGCGAUGUUCCGCGGCAAAAUGAGCACAAAGGAAGUCGACGAACAGAUGCUCAAUGUUCAGAACAAGAAUUCUUCUUACUUCGUCGAGUGGAUUCCCAACAACGUGAAAUCCACGGUCUGUGACAUCCCGCCCACCGGGUUGAAGAUGGCAUCGACGUUCAUCGGAAACUCAACCUCGAUCCAGGAGAUGUUCCGGCGCGUCAGCGAGCAAUUCACAGCCAUGUUCCGAAGGAAGGCGUUCUUGCAUUGGUACACCGGGGAAGGGAUGGACGAGAUGGAGUUCACCGAGGCGGAAAGCAACAUGAAUGAUCUGGUUUCCGAGUACCAGCAGUAUCAGGACGCCACGGCUGAUGAUGUUGAAUAUGAAGAUGAGGAGGAAGGUGACUACGAAGAGGCUUGAUUCGGUUGGUACCCUUUCGGAUCUCUGUUUUCAUCGAAUAUCUCAAUAGUUGGGCUUCUCUGUGUCACUACUCAUUUAGGAUCGGAAUUGGUGCUUCUUGUUCUGCAAUUCUCGGUUGCUUAUGUUGUGUCGUUUGAAGUUGCUAUUUGGGAACCAAUUGCUAUUCUGAAUGGUAUCGAAUUUUGAGUCUGCCGAUCUUCAUAUGAUUGUUACUCCUGAAAAGAAAA